ACCAUGUGACUUACUUCCGGGAUGACUGUUCCUAUGGAUACUCUAAACAAAGGAAGGCUGACCUCUUGUCUUGUACAUUGACGUUUCGUUUGUUAAGUCUUAAAAGUUUAAACGGUGUUAUACUUAAUUGGUUAUGUGAAGAGAAAUGGAAGAUAUUCUCUUUUCUCCCUGAAGACAGAGACAUGUCGCAAAGGACUUACAACCAGCUGUGGGCAGAUGCCCAGUCAGAGUUGAGCCGUCUGCUGGCUGAGGAGCUUCCUGCUGAGCCUCCUCGCCCAGAAACGGACAGGGUGGUGUUCUUCCAGCGCCUGGCCACGCUGUAUGUGCGGUACAUUCAGAUUUUCAGACAGCUGGGGAAGGUCUAUGACCAGGUUUUCCACCCUCAGAAGAGACGUUUCAUCCGGGCCUUGGUUGAUGGGGUGAUGGGCAGGAUUUUAGAGUUGAAGAAUGAAAUGGUGGAAAAGGAGUUUUCAGAGUACCACUACAUGGAUGAUGUCCUUCAUGACUUAAAGCUUUCACCUGCAGACCUUGAGAUUCCUAUCCCUCGCUAUUUCAUCAGUGAUCGCAGCAGAGAACUCAAUGAACGAAAGACGAUGCUGAUGGAAAUUCUUAAAAUGGUGCAGUCCACUGGAUGCCCUAAACCUCCAAUGACCAAGGACAUGAGUCAAGAGGAGGCCAUUAAGAUCAUUCAGAUGUUGGAGAGGGCCCAUCAAGGACGCCAGAGGGCAAAGUUGAAUGAAGAAAGCACAAAGACGAACAGGAUGUACAGAACCAAGGACCCUGGAACAGCUGAAAUAGAGUUGGCUGCAGUCUGCAUUCAAAAGGUUUGGAGGGGCCACAUACAGAGAGUGAGGGCAAAGAUUGCCCGGGAGGAAGAAAUGAUUUUUCUGGGAAUGGCCAUGGAUCCAAAAUACCAGGUACCCUGCCCUGCAGAAAUCACAGCUGAGGCCAGUGAGGCUUGUUCCCGCAUUAAACAGGAGGAGUACGAAGAAGACUAUCUGAAGUCUCUUGCAGACAUCACAAACCAGCUCAGGGAUGUGGAGGGUCAUGACAUGAGCAAGACUAUGAAAGAGCAAAUCAGACAGUGGUUCAUUGAAUGCCGUGACGCUACAGGAUCAUUUCCAGACUACCCAGAUGAAGAGGACGGAGGCUCAGCUCUAAUCUUUUCUGAAAUGGACCCUCAGCAGUUAAGGGAAGAAAUUGCUGCAAAGGAGGAGGAGGAGGAGUCCAACAACAAACCAAAAGGAAAGGAGGAGAAGAAGGACAAGGGAAAGAAAGACAUGGGGAAACAUGAAGAAGAAGAAGAGGAAGCCGGGUUGAAGAUGCUUCCUUCAGCUUUUCUGUCAGACUUGGACAUUGAAAGCAAAACAUUUUCAGAUUUUUGGAAAAACCGCGAUGAGUCCCAGAAUUUUAGCCAGAGACAUGAGGUGGAGCUGCUCAAAGAACAAACAAGGAAAGAUAUUGAAGCAGAGAUUCGGCUGAAGGUAGACGAGCAGAUGAGACAAGAGCUGGCUGAAUGGAAACUAGCUGUUAAAGACAAGGGUGGUAAAACUAAAGGAAAUGCAAAGAAGAAGAAAGGAUCUAAGAGUGGGAAGAAAAAAAAGGAGAAAGAUUUGACGUCUGAUAGGACUCUUGAGUCUCUUUGUCAGGAGCUGGUGGAACAGGGCUUGUUGAAAAAGGCAAAUGAGGUUAGACUGCAGGAUUACUUGGGUGACUACAGCUACCUUGGGACCACCCUGAGGCAAAAUGACAUCGAGCCCAUGCCCUCUAUGUCAGAUGUCCGGCAGGUCUUAUCUCUGUAUGCAAUUUUACCGUUAGGCUCUCAGGUGUGCAUGAGAAGGCUCCCUGAUAAAGCCAUCCUACUGGCAGGGCCGGCAGGUGUGGGGAAGAAUAUGUUGAUCCAUGCCAUCUGCCAUGAGACCGUGCAACCUUUUGAUCUGUCACCGUCUGAACACAGUUGAAAAUACCCAGGCAAGAAUGGCCUCGCCAUGAUGCUCCACAGGGUGUUUAAGGAACAUAUCAUCUUCACACAGGUUGCAAGAUUGCUGCAACCUUCUGUAAUGAUUGAAGAUGCAGAGAAAAUGUUCUACAAGAAAGUUCCCAAGGAAGAAAAAGAGUUGGAUCCCAAACGCUUGAAAAAAGACUUGCCAAAAUCUCUCAAGUUAAUCAAAGAUGAUCGUGUUCUGAUAAUUGGAACAACUAAAGACCCGCUAAGUGCUGAUAUAAAGACGUUGUGUAAAAUGUACAGCAUCAUCUUGAUCCCCAGACCUGACUACGGCUCAAGAUACAUCUUGUGGAAGCAGCUGAUCCAAAACAGGGAGGUGUGAUAACAGGGCUCUGAUCUCAGCUCCCUUGCAAAGAUUUCAGAUGGCUACACGCCAGGUCACAUGGUAAAGGUGAUUCAGAGCAUUGUCACUAAGCACCGCAUCAUACGCCAGGCAAACAGACCGCUGACUGCUGCAGAGUUUGUUGCUCCCUUAGCCAAGAUUGACCCCGUGUUUCAGGAGGAAGAAGAGGCCCUUAAGAAUUGGUAUGCAAAGACCCCCCUGGGAAAGAAGAGAAUUAAAGCUGCAACGGGAAAGGAAGAAGAGAAGGUACCAGCUAAAGGCAAAGGUGCAAAGAAGAGAGGAAAAAAAUAAUUUGUCACUAUAUUUUUAUUACAUCUGAAUGGAGAUGAUUGUAUGCCAAUUGUCUUCCAAUGGCUUUCCUAAUGGACUCCCUACAAAAUAAAUGGAUGCACUUCAAGCAAA